AUGUCUAAUAAACAUGUCUAUAAAAAUUUAAGGUUAUAUUUGUUUUUAGAGAUUUUAUUUUGUAAAUAAAUUUCAGGCACUAAAAAUUUAGCUAAUCCAACUAAUUUUUUUUUACAUAUGCAUUAGGAGUCAUUAUUUUUGUAUAAAAAUGAACGAAUCUCACUCAGAUUCAGACUAUGUUGUGGAAGAUUAUAUUCGACCAUUGAAAUUUAAAAAGUCGAUAAAUGACGAUAGUGCUGAUAUAUUAGGGAAUUUUGAUGAUGAAAAACGUCGUAAUAUAGAAGAAAACUUAGAUUAUUUUCCUGCAAACGUACAAGUAACUCCUACAAGCGAGGAAGAUUCAUCAUGCUCUGAAGUUGAAGCAUUUUCCGACUUAAAUGGAGAUAACAAGAAUUUAAGUGCAAAUCAAUUAGAAAUCUUAUUAAGAGGAUCAUAUAAAAAAAAUAGAUAUGUUUUAUAUGUAACAAAUUUAAGUUUUGAGACAAAUAAAGAAAAUUUAAAAAGUCAUUUUGAAACUGCUGGAGAAGUAAAAUGUGUUCGUGUACCUAAGAAUAGGAAAGGAUGUUAUGCUUUUAUAGAAAUGCAAACGCUCGACGGUUUCCAAAAGGCUUUUGCCUUACAUAAUACGGAGUUAGAUGGUAAAUCAAUUAAAGUUCAAAUAUCUGAAGGCGGCAAAAAGAAAUCGGCCAACAAAAAGAAUAUUUUAAAACAAAAGAAUCGUAAGUUGGCUAAAAUAAGAAAUGAAGAAAAGGCGUUUAAUAAAAGUGGAAAAAAUUAUGACAAAGAUAUCAAAAAAGAGAAGAUGAAGGAAUUUGCUUUAAGGAAUCGAUGGAGAAAAAAACCUCAAAAAGCGUAGUGAGAGUGCAUCUUAAUUUUCCUUUACAUAUUUUUUAAUUUAAAAAUAAUAGUUUUUAAAAAACAGAUACAUAUAUGUACGUACAUUCAUAUACAUAUAAAUGAAUUAAAAUUUGUUUUCAAAUCUAAAAUAUAUAAUAUACUUUUGUGUUUUUACAUAAUGUGAAA